AUGGUUCCUUGGCGAUGUCAUUAUUGUCGAAAAUCGGAACAACUUUUAAAUGACAUAAAUCAUGAUCCUAUUAAACUAGGAGUAAAAUCAGCACAUUUCUUUUCAGCUUGUAACUGCAACGGGUAUGCCGAUAAGUGUUUCUUUGAUGCACAUCUCUUUAACACAACUGGUCAUGGCGGCCACUGUUUGGAUUGUCGUGAAAAUCGCGAUGGUCCUAACUGUGAACGUUGUAAAGAGAACUUUUACAUGCGGGAAGAUGGUUAUUGUACCAAUUGUAAUUGCGACCCUACUGGAUCACGCUCACUACAGUGCAACAGCCAAGGCAAAUGUCAAUGUAAACCAGGUGUAACCGGAGAUAAGUGCGAUCGAUGUGCAAGUAAUUUUUAUCAGUUCGGUUUGCAUGGUUGUCAACCUUGUGGAUGCGACCCUCGUGGUUCAUUUGAAAAUAUGCCAACUUGUGAUCCUGAAAGUGGCAUUUGUUAUUGCAAGGAAAAUGUUGAAGGAAAACGUUGUAAUGAAUGUAAGCCUGGUUUUUUCAACUUGGACAUUAUAAAUCGUUUUGGUUGCACUCCUUGCUUCUGUUAUGGACAUACGUCAGAAUGUCAAACUGCACCCGGAUAUUCGGUAGUGUCGAUCACUUCCAAUUUUAACAAACACAAAGAGCGUUGGACUGCGAUUGACUUAUACAACCGUGAUGUUGAUAUUAAGUACAACCAGUAUAGUCGAAGCAUUGGCACUACAGCACAAGGAAAUGAAUAUGUAUACUUUCAGGCACCAGAACGAUUUUUAGGUGACCAACGUGCCUCAUAUAAUCGUGAUAUAAAGUUUAAGUUGCAAUUAGUGGGACAAGUUGGACCUAGCACGAGUGCAAGUGAUGUUAUACUUGAAGGUGCAAAUACAAAAAUUUCUUUGCCUAUAUUUGCCCAAAACAAUGGCAUGCCAGAUCAAGGAGUUAAAGAAUAUUCGUUCCGUUUGCACGAACAUCGUGACUAUCAGUGGCAACCCAGUCAGUCGGCAAGAGGAUUUUUAUCCAUACUGUCGAAUUUAACUGCUAUUAAGAUUCGUGCCACAUAUUCCGUGCAAGGUGAAGCUAUUUUAGAUGAUGUCGAAAUGCAGACUGCACAUCGUGGUGCUGCUGGACAGCCAGCUACUUGGAUUGAACAAUGUACUUGUCCGGAAGGAUAUUUGGGUCAGUUUUGUGAAUCAUGUGCUCCAGGCUACCGUCACAGUCCAGCACUUGGUGGCCCGUUUAUGCCUUGUAUACCUUGUGAUUGUAACGGUCAUGCUGAAAUAUGCGACUCUGAGACUGGUCAUUGCAUAUGUCAACACAACACAUCUGGAGAUAAUUGUGAUGUUUGUGCUAAAGGAUACUAUGGAAAUGCCCUAGGAGGUACAGCGUAUGACUGCAAACGUUGUCCUUGUCCCAACGAUGGCGCCUGUAUGCAAAUUAAUGGUGAUACGGUGAUCUGUACUGAAUGUCCUGUUGGAUACUUUGGUGCUCGAUGUGAGCAAUGUUCUGAUGGUUUCUUUGGAGAUCCUACUGGUUUAUAUGGGGAGGUACAAACUUGUAAAGCUUGUGAUUGCAAUGGUAAUGUGGAUCCAAAUGCUGUGGGUAACUGUAAUCGUACUACAGGUGAAUGCCUAAAGUGUAUACAUAAUACCGCUGGACAUUACUGUGAUGAAUGUUUACCUGGCCAUUUUGGGGAUCCACUCGCUUUACCACAUGGUCAAUGUGAUAGAUGUACAUGUUAUCCACCUGGUACAGAACAAAAUGAGGAAGGUAUUUCCAAGUGUGAUCAAGUAACUGGCCAAUGCCAAUGCAAACCGAAUGUAAUUGGUCGAGAUUGUGGUGAAUGUCAACCUGGCUUUUUCAAUAUUAUGUCUGGAAAUGGCUGCGAAAACUGCAUGUGUGAUCCUGUUGGUAGUUACAAUUCCACAUGUGAUAAAUUUACAGGUCAAUGUUUCUGCAAGCCUGGUGUGAUUGGACAGCAAUGUGAUCAAUGUGAAGUUUACCAUUAUGGAUUUUCCUCAGAAGGUUGCAAAUCAUGCGAAUGUGAUGAGAGUGGUUCUAAAGGCUUCCAGUGUGAUCAAUAUGGUCAAUGUCCAUGUAAUGAUAAUGUAGAAGGUCGCCGUUGUGACCGCUGCAAGGAAAACAAAUAUGAUCGCCAUCUUGGGUGUAUUGACUGUCCAGAGUGCUAUAACUUAGUUCAAGACGCAGCUAAUGAGCAUCGUGUAAAAUUACAAAAUCUAAGUGAUACUUUAAACGAUAUUGCUCGGACACCCGUUACCAACGAUGAUGAAUUUGAAGCCAAAUUAAAAACUGUGCAGGAGAAAGUGGACAUAUUACUUACUGAUGCAAAGUAUGGUGCGGGUGAAGGAGGUAAAACUUAUGUUGAAGUAUUAGAUGACUUACAUAAACGUUUGGAUGGCAUACGCACACAUUUAAACAAUGCUGAUGAGUUGCAAGAUGCAGCCAAUGAUGAAAUUGAAAAGGCACGUCACAACUAUACGAACGCACACGACAUUAUUGAAUCGGCUAAAAACGAACUGCAAACGGCUUUAAAUCUGCUGAACGAUGAGGGUGCAGUUGCAUUGGCUAAAGCGAAAAAUAAGUCCGAGGAAUUUGGUGUACAAUCGGAUCAAAUAUCAGUUAUUUCCCGGGAGGCACGUGGAAUGGCAGAUCGCUUGGAAUGGGAAGCAAAGGUAGAUCAAGACAAUGCCAAAUCUGCAAAUGAAGCUGUCGAAAAAGCUUACGAACUGGCUAAAAAUGCUAUUAACUUACAGCAAAAAGUCAGUGACGAAUUACGUUCUGAUGUACGCCUGGAAUUAAACACAGUUAAGCAAUCAUUAAAUGCUGCUAAUCAAACUACAAAAGAAGCCUCACGAAAAGCAAAUGAAGUCUAUGAUGCUGCAUUAACUCUACUAACAGACGUUAACGGACUAACAGCUCCGGAAAUAAACAUCAAAAAGUUAAAGAAAGAUGCGAUGGCAGCAAAUGAACAAGCCGAUCGUUUGCUGAAGCGCGUUGAUGAUAUAUCAAAUAGUAACGGAAAAAUUUUCGCUGAUUUUGAUGACGAAUACGAAUUAGCAGGUCUCAUUUUAGAGAGAGCCAAUAAACAGAAAGAAGACGAUGUAGAAUUGCUGAAACGUGCUCAAGACGCUUUUGACAAAGCCAAUCAUGCUGUGGAACAGGGAGAUAAUACUUUAAAAGAAGCCAACAAUACCUACCAUACAUUAGCUGGCUUCCAAUCCGACGUACAGAAAUCAUCUGAGAAAGCAGAACUAGCACUGAAGACUGUGCCCAGUAUCGAAACGGAAAUCGAAAACGCUGAAAAUUUGAUACGAAAAGCUGGAGAAGCAUUAACUGGCGCCAACCAGAACGCAAAUGAAGCAAAGAAAAAUGCUCAAGAAGCUCAGGAUAAAUAUGCAGAACAAGCUUCAAAGGAUGCUGAAAUUAUUAGAAAGAAAGCUAAUGACACUAAAGUGAGUGCUAGAAAGCUACGUGAUGAAGCUGAUCAACUCAACCACCGCGUCAAGGUGACUGAACUCGAUAUAAGUAAAUUAGAAGACUCCUCCAGCAAAGACGAUAAUUUAGUGGAUGAUGCAAAACGCAAGGUUGGGCAAGCUAAAGCAGAUACUCAAGAUGCUAAAAAACAUAUAGAUAAAGCUGUCAGCGAAUUGGCAGCCAUUAAAGAUGAAUUAGAAAAUCUAAGAGACAUAAACACAGAUGAUUUGAAUGAAUUAGAAUCACGUCUUGACACUGUUGAAGCCGAUAUAAAUCGUGUUAAUCUCACUUCACGUAUUGAAAAAUAUCGGGAUAUGCGCAAUGUACAGAAAAAGUGGAUUGAUAAGUAUGAGAAAGAACUAUUAGAGUUGGAGGAAGAAGUACUCAACGUACGCCUUAUAUCAGAAGCACUGCCACCAGGAUGUUUUAACCGCAAUAGAUUAGAACCUUAAGGAAUUUAAUGUUAAUCAACGUCGAGAAUGUUUGUGACAAAAUAAAAAAGUUAUAAUAGUUUAAAUCAUAAACUAAUUUAAUUAUAAGAACUAAAACUAUUUAAGUCAAUAUAAACAAAUUAAAUAAAGGUUAAAAUAAGCUUUAAGUAAAUAUUCAGUUCGUUGCGAACAAUUUGCGUCAUACUAUUUUUUUAAGACGAAUUGAAUAUUCAGCAAUUCUCAUUUGUGCAUUAUAUAUUUUCUCAGUAAAUACUCGUACAUGAAAACAAAUGCAUGAAUUUAAAAAUGUUUUAAUGUUAUAGCUAAUUUCUAAUAUAAUGUGUUGUUAAGUAAUUUUAAUUUAAUUUGUUUUUUAAUACCACUUUUAUACUUCUUUAUGUAUAACGUUUUCAUUAAGCAAAAAAAAAAAUAUAUUGUGCCAAUAAAUUGUAACAUUCGAAUGCCGCCUUAUUGAUAUAGUUUUAAGUACUUUUCUAAUAAAAUCUUAACAUUUUUUUGCAAUGUUCAUACCAGCAUAUGACAACUUUAAUUUUAUACAAGGUCUAUCCGUAGUAAUUGUGUAUAUUACUUGAAAAGUAAUAUAAUAAUAACAUUUUAAAGAUAAUCAAUAAUUUUAUUUCUUACUGUUCAUUGAUUAAUGUUAAAUAUAAGCAUUGAUUUUUUACAUGUACAUAAUUUAUUAUAAUAUAUAUGGAAUAUACUAAAU